UUGAACCCGGCCGGCAAAGGAGGCGGAGGAGGCGGCGAGAAGGAAAGCCCGGCGCCCCGGAGCACGUGGAGGAGCCGAGCGCGCUCGGGGGAUCGGAGGCUGUGCGCCGGCUCCCGUGCGCCCUGGUGCGCUCCCGGUUGCGCACCCAGAAGCUGCGGUGAUGGGCGCGGCGACCCUCGCGAGGAGGCCCCGCUAGGAGAGGACCCCGCAGCGGCUCGGAGGCGAAGAGCGGGUCCGAAAUGGCGAGUGUUCUCUCCAGGAGGCUGGGGAAGAGGUCCCUGCUGGGGGCCCGAAUUUCUGCUCCCCCCUUGCUGGGGGACGGGGUGCUGAUGAUGGCCCAGCUCCCUCCCUUGCAGACGGAGCACGUCAAAGAGUCUCCUCGUCUGGCUUCGUGUGAGGACGGACGCUUCAAGGAACCUGUCGCAGACUCUGGCGGUCAAGGCCAGAACUGGCCACUCCUGCAACCAGGCCAAAAGGUCUACGUCUUCUACAAAGGGCAAGAGGCCCCCGGCUUGGUGGAACACCACGACCUCCUCAGCAACGAGGUGAAGGUGCUUCUUCUGGAACAGGGCUUCUACGUCUGCCGGAAAGCCGAGGAAGUGAGGCUGGCUAACAUCCAGGCCUUGCCUCUCCCAGCCCUGGAGAUGGACCUCGGAGCUCCGGCCACGACGGGCUACGACGCCGUCCCAGUGGCCAUGGACCACGGACCGACCACGGAGGCGGCCGCUGCGGCAGCAUCGGGACCCAGGUCGGUCUCCCGGAGCAUCGACGUGCCAAAAAGGAAAUCGGAUGCUGCUGCUGUGGAGAUGGACGAGAUGAUGGCAGCCAUGGUCUUGACCAGCUUAUCCUGCAGCCCCGUGGUCCAGAGCCCCCCGAAUGGUGAUGCCGGCAUCCCAGCAUCCCAAGCAGUGGGCGAUGUGUGGAAGGAAAGCGGAGACAUGUCGGACGGGGGCAGCAGCAGCACCAGUGGGCACUGGAGCUGUAUGUCAACCCCAUCUCCUCCCCACUCCGAGGCCAGCCCCAAGUACUCGAGCGAAGCCUUCAGUUCUCCCCGGCCGGACGACGGCUUUGAGACGGACUUGGACCCCUUCAUCUUUGAUGAGCCUGCUCCCCGGAAGAGAAAGAACUCUGUGAAGGUGAUGUACACCUGCCUGUGGCCCAGCUGCGGGAAAGUCCUUCGCUCCAUCGUGGGGAUCAAGAGGCACGUGAAGACCCAGCACUUGGGAGACGGCGCCAAUUCUGACCAGCGGAAGAGGGAAGAGGAUUUUUACUACACGGAAAUGCAAGUGAAGGACGAGGCGCCCCCUGAACCCGCAGCGGCCGUCUCCAGCCCCACCCCCACCUCUGUGGGGGCUUCUUCUCCCAUCACCAUCCAGCAGACUCCAUCACAGCCAGAAGCUCUCGUCCUGGACCAAGCAGUCCCGCCAGAGCAUCACCUGUCCAGCAGCGCCCUCAGCCAGUCGGCUCCUAGCUCCUUCUGGCACAUCCAAGCCGACCAUGCGUAUCAGGCUCUGCCGUCCAUCCAGAUCCCAGUAUCCCCGCACAUAUUCACCAGUAUCAGCUGGGCUGCCGCGACAUCUACCAUCCCCACCCUCUCGCCGGUGCGAAGCCGGUCCCUGAGUUUCAGCGAGCAGCAGCCUCCGCCGCCGCUGCCUCCUCCUCCUCCACCACCUGUCUUGAAAUCCCACCUGAUUGUCACGUCUCCUCUGCGGGCGCCCAGCAGCUCAAGGAAAGUCCGCGGCGAAGCCAAGAAGUGCCGUAAGGUCUAUGGCAUCGAGCACCGCGACCAGUGGUGCACCGCCUGCCGGUGGAAAAAGGCCUGCCAGCGAUUCCUGGACUGAGCGCAUGCAAGUUUCCCAAGGUGGAGGGAGCAAUUCUCUCUCUCUCGCUGCCAGCCAAGCGCCAAGGGGCCAGACCUCUGCGUUUUUGCAGCGUCCGCGCCCUUGGAAGCCUCUCUCCCCGUGCUUCAGCGGAGAUCUCGAGAGCCCAUCCUGGGCUCCGUAUAUUCUACGUCCGGCAGGUUUUUUUCCUUCCUAAUUUUCAGUGUUUUGUGGGAAUGUUCGUUUUUUAAACACAUUAUUCCCUCCCCUUUUUAAACACACACACACAAACACAACGCCUCCCUUUCUAUUUGUAAAUAAGAGGUGUGAAGCGGGGAGGAAAGAGAGUUUUUGGCUUGGUGUAGCUCAACAGACUUGUUUCUCGGUGUGCCCAGGGACCAAAGAACCAUUUUUCCUGAACUGUUCCCUCCAAACGUGGUUGGCUGAGUGUUUGGGUCGGUGGUUGCAAUAUGGAAAGCAUAGGAGCAUCCCUUAUCUAAACCCAAAACGGGAGGGUGCUGGGUCCAUCAGCUGAAGGAGGAAGGGGCGUGGCUGACUUCCUGUGGACUCCGCCAGCGUGCUGUCUCCCCCUUCUGGUGCCCGGGAGGAAUUACACGCUUGCACCCAAGCCCUGGGUUUUCCCCCUUCCUUUUAAACAUUACGCUGUCAAAAGAACAAUCAUUGCAUCAAGCUACAAUCCAGUGAAUGCUUGUUUCGUUUUCUAAAACCGAAGUGGAAGGAACCUGGCUAUAUUGCUUUGCUUUAUGCUUUCAUUCCCCCAUUUUACACCUAAAAUUUAAUGUGCAAAACAGCCCUGGGGCACCUGAGUAUUUCUCGUGUGGCUUCAGUUGCCCCCUGCCUCAAAGGCCAGACCCGGCAUUACCUGAGGGAGGAAAUCAUAUUUUUGCUUAAUGAUGGGCUUGCCAAUCAAGACCAUUGGGUGGUUUCGUGGGUGCUCUGGUCCGAACUGGAGCGAGCAAAAGUCAUGGGUGCCAGGGCAUAAACGCCAUUAUUGUGGCCUUCCCCAACGUGGCCUCCCUGCCAAUGUUUUGGGCUGGCUGGGGCUGAUGGGAGUUGUAGCCCGAAACACUGGCAGGGCGUCCGGUCGCGGAAUUUGCUUCCUUCCUUCCUCUUCAAGGUCAGACCCAUUGCGCAUGCAAUCCAGACCGUUCGUCGCCAAUGCACCCAAACUGCGCCAUUUUGCAGAGCAUGCUGGGAGAAUGCGCUUGGCUCACGCUGUGGAGUUGUGUGGAAAGGCAAAACAUUUUGGGGAAAACCCUCUUUUUAGCCUAGUGCUGCCAGCGGUCAGUUGCCAAAUGACAAUCAACGCAGAGAGCUAGAUCUCCGCGCUGGGGAACGAUAAAAGUAGCCCAGGGAUGUCUUGAGACAGGAGAUUUAAAAACUCCAGGAAUGUUGAAGCCCUGUUUCCCUGCACCCCCAGGUUGGGAAAAAAAAUAUAUGAAAGUUUAGGUAGUACUUUUUAAAAAAUCGGAUUUUCAACUUGCUUUAACACAUCACGUUUCCAGCGGUUUCCAUUUAGACCCCAGAAACCCGGGCGGGGGAGAGGUGGGCCACCCCACCCACAAUUUGUCACAUGACCCCAUCUGCUUCUCUCUCGGUUGUGGGUGCAGCACUGCACAAGGAGGGAGCCCUCAUUGAGGCCACCAAACUUUGGGGCUGCCAGUCACGACAGAGAGGCGCCUGUUAACGAAUCGUGGUUUCCCUUCCUUGGGGAAGCGCUUCCCUCCCUCCACAAAAACCCGUUGCCCGGACAGCUUUUUUGGAUUGCUUACGUGGUUUUUCCCUGUCCCAAUCACCUGCGUUUUGAUAAUCAUGAGCCAUAAACUAAAGACACAGAUCUCUCCUUGUGAAAAGAGCAACUGAAUGAACAAUGAACACUCUGAGAACGAGGAUUUCUUUACAGAAAAUAAAAGCUAGCCCUGCUUUACUUUUAAGGGUACUUUUCUAAGGCUUGGGGUGGGAGAGUGUUUUGUUUUUGUUUUAAAAAGGAGUUAUGUAUAUUAUCGGUGCUUGUUGAAAAUUUUGUGUUUUUCUUCGUUGUCAUUUUGUGCAUCAUACACACCAGCCUCCCACAAUCUCCUGAUCUUUUGGACCAGAACUGUGCCGGCUAGGGAUGGUUGGCAGAUCUGGUCCAAUACAUCUGGAAGACUCGAAAGUUGAGGGAGGCUGCUAUACACAGUAUGUCGGAUUUUUUAUUUCCCUAAGCCCAGACUCCUGGUCAGUGCUAAAGCUGGUCGACGCCAAAACGUGGGUCUUAUUUGAGCGCUUUGAAUAUCCAGAGAAUCAGGGAUUAUCGGAUCGCCCAAAGCUUGAGCCCAGAUUUCUGCAUUUUUAUAUUUCCAAAUGUGAGAUUUUGGGAUAUUUGUGUUCUUUCGAUUUCAUCAAAUCAAAUCAAUCUUUAUUAUGGUCUAGAGACCUAACAAAACGAUUUCUUCAAAGCAGUGUGCGUUUCUUGAAAAAAGAAACCGUCAUGAAUUAUGAUGAGGGAACGUUGUAUUUUUGACAGCUGUGUUUAAAUUUCGGGGACAAAUAAUCUGGGACAUCAGAGACGUUUCUUUGGAAAUCUCAUCCAUCCUGCUUCAAAAAUAUCGAUCUGUAGCUGUCUCGCUGCAUUUGACCUUUCUGAGGUCCACCAAAAUCUACCAGAUUUCCAAAAUGGUCUGUUUCUGUUCCUGAAGGAGCCUCCCGACCUCUCUUCCCCAUCAGAAACAAUUUGUCUUGAGAUUUGGAGACCAGUUUCUUCACUGGCAGAAGUCUGGGUCCUUGGGAAUCUCUCUUUUAUUUUUCGCUUCUGGUUUUUGUUUUGUUUUGUUAAAAGGUGAUUAAGGAGGAGGCGGAAACAGAGAAAUAAUUUGUAAAGGAAAAAGGAAAGGGAAAAAAAGGACUUUGGGGUAAGCAUGUGGUAUCUGGGUUUCUCUUGCUAAGCUGCAAAAACCCCGGGGUUGGGGAAUAUUUCCUGUGUUACCGAGCUAUUAAAGGAAUGUGCACUCCGUCAGUGGGGAGGCGAUGAGUUACACUCGCCGCUAAAAGCAGCGUCCCGGUUCCUGUAUGCUCCAACCCCCGGCCUUGUUCAUCGAAUGCCUCGUUCCAAAAUUCUAUAGCACUUAAAUUUUGGAAAGUGAAAAAGGAAAAGCUAAGCUUGCAUAGGAAUAUAUUUGUUGUCAGUAUUUUUUGUUUGUUUGUUUCAUUCCAUGGGAUAAGAGUUCCCCACCCUCUCUUUUUAUUUUCUGAGCUGUGCAGUACAAGUUAGACUGGACAACGUAGGUCUGUGGUUUUAUGUAUGCCUAGACUUUUUCUUUCUUUUUAAAAAACUGGUUUGUCAAAGUCAUGGGGUGGGAGGGAACCCAGAGCGCAAUGGAAACUCGAGGGAACAAUCUACCCAUGCAACAGAUUUCCGCUUUGCCAUUAUUUCCUAGGGCGCACGACUUCCCCUGCACCGAAAAGGCGCAGUCUUGUGGUCUCUACACUUAGGAUAGAGGACUUUACAUCUGCAUGUGAUGGCCAGAAACUAGGGGCGAGUGAUGGGAACAGGGAGGGCUGGCUCAUUCUGCCACCGCCUCCUCCUGGCAGACUGACUUUGAGGGCUGCCUAUGCAUGAGACUAGCCCUCAUUGAGGAGCCAGGUUUAAGGUGCAGCCUGCUAGCCCCUCCCUGCUUCGUUCCACUCAAGAUGCUCUGCUUCCUAGACUCUGGUCCUCCCCACCAAGCGCUUUGUGGCCCCGCAUGUAACUCCGAUGGCUGGCAUACCUGUGUGUUGCCACGCUGUGGACUAGCGCCUUGCUUUUUGUAUUGUGGCACGGUGGGAGCUUCGGGACUUGGCACUCAAUAGAAACCAGCAAUACACGAAUCCCAUCACUACUUCGAAAGGUGUGAGCUUCAUCUUGUGUCUCUGCAUGAUGCCCAGGGAGGUGUUCUGCAAAUUAUUUCAGGGCCCCAAAGUACAAAAUACGGCUUCGAUCAACGAUAGCCUUGCAACUAUUGCGGGUAACUUCAGUUUUUUCCCUUGGCAGGAAAUGAACCGAAAGCGAAAUAUUUGCUAUUUCCUCUGGCCAAAACAGCUGUUUCUCUGGAUUUUCUUUACAGCUCUGAGCUCCCCUUUCCUCAGUUUUGGAAAAAUAGCCUAAAUGUUUAGAUCUCAUUUUUAAAAAAUCUCUUCUCUUCCCCAUUCUCUUUCCCCCCGCCCCAUUCUCUCAGUUUCCCUUGAAACGUGGUCGAGUUUCUUGCGUAGAACUUUCUAUAGUGAAAAGUCUCUCUUUUCCUUCACCUCUCUGUAAAAUGGGGUUGGGGGGUCUCUCCUCUGACCACAGAGUUCAGUUGCAGCCUUCCUAACAAAUGGCCGCUCCUGCAACUGAACUCUAUGAGCUGUUUUUCUUUGCUACAUCCUUAAGGACGUGGGUAUAUCAUUACUUCUAGAGGUUGUUUUUAAAAAAUAAAAAUAAAAAAUAGGGUUGUAUUCAAGCGGGUGCCAAGUCCCUCGAUCCAUUGAUUCGAGCUUUGCAGGAAUCAGAAUUUGUUCUUGUGCAACAGAAAUUUUCUCUCCCUCCCCCUCCUAAAUCUAAAUCCUAGGGUUUUCUCAUCCCAUAACGGGGCACACAUCAGAGGGGAAUCCUGUUGUGUUAGCACACUUGUACAAUUACUCUGUUGCAUGCCAUGCCACCUGUAUUCUUGUCCAUCCAGUGGCGCUCUCUUUCCCCGAGCGAACGGUCCAGGUUUGUCGUUUCUAAAUCCUGACCUUGCGAGACAGAAGUCGCGUGAGUUGAAUACCCAGGAAAGACCUGCACAUACCACUCUGGGCUGGAUCUCCCGCCCCACUUAAGAGGACUUUUGUACACAUGUAUAUAGGAAUCUUUUCUACCAGGCACUAAUAGGAAGAGAUGGGAGCUGUUUUCUAAUUUACACUUUUGCACUGUGAACCGUUGAGUUUUCGUUGGGAGGCUGGGAGCCCACGUGAGACAGAGAGAGAGGAAGAGUGUGUGCAGAAAACCGGCCCAAACUGAACCAUUGCACAAUGUCUGGUUCGAUCCAGAACUCAUUGAUGACCCCUUCCUACCAGGAAAGGAAAAAACGGAACGCUUGGGUUUCGAUCGGGGAUGGGAACAGGGGACCCUUUGUGGAUGUUGUUGGACUACAACUCCCAUGAUCCUUUGGAGAUGAUGGGAGUUGCCUGAAAGCCGCAAGACUCCCACCCACCCCAGCCAAAAUAAACUACCAGCGAAAUCCCACAUGGAAAGGGCUGCGUGGGUAUGUGCAUGUGUGGAUGUUGUGACCUGUCGGGCAUGCAUAGACAUUUUUGUUAGCUCAGCCAGGUGGGGUUUACCUGAAUUUCUAGUCGCCUGGAUACAAACUCCUUUUUGCAUUUGGUAGAAAUCUUAAAACACACACACACACACACACACACACACACACACACACACACACUGGUGCAAGCAAUUCUGUGGGUGAAUGAGAAAGGGGACCAGUCUGAUCACCAGCAAUUUUCUUCUUCUCUUUCGAAAGAGUUUAACAAAGGUGCGGGGAGAGAAAGAACCGGGAACCUCCCAUUUUUUCUGCCCUUUCUCCCUCGCACAAGCCACACACCAGCCAGUUCAGAAGUUCCAAGAUGCUAGCCGUCCUCUCCAAACUGUCCGUCUGUCAAGAUCUCCUUAGGUAGCUAAGGAAUGCAACGUGGCUGUUUUUGUGGGCUUGCUGGGUUGCUGGCGGGGCGGGAAAGGUGAGGGGCAACCCCCCCAGUUAUUACGAGGCGUUUGGACAGGAAAGGAGAAAGGGUGCGAUCUUGUAACCCGCUAAUAAUAGCUGCUGUUUGGAUGGUGAUAUGCUACCAAGCCUAACGGGGGGGGAAUAUAUCGUAUCGGUGAAUUACUGUCUCUUAAUUGGAGCUUUUCUUUUUUGAUUGUCUUCCAAGUAUUAUUUUUUAUUGUAAGCAAAACAAAAAAAAAUGUGAAAUGUAAUUUUUACAACGGCAAUAUGAAAUAUAUUUUAUAAUAAAAUGAUAUGGCCUGAUAA